AGCAAAGAAGAUUUGAUAGAUCAAUACCCAAACUGUUUUAAUGGCAUAGGAAAAUUCGAAGGAGAAUACCACAUAACCACCGACCCAUCAGUCCCACCUGUUAUCCACCCUCCGCGACGAGUUCCAAUCAGUCUGAAAGAUGACAUUAAGAAAGAACUAGACGAGAUGGUUGCAAAUGGUAUCAUAACUAAAAUAAACGAAGGAGAGCCCACAAGAUGGGUAAACAGUCUUGUCUACAAGAGGAAACAGAAUGGACGAUUGCGUUUAUGCCUAGACCCCAAAGACCUAAACACAGCUAUCUUAAGAGAACAUCACGCCAUUCCUACCUUGGAAGAAAUUUUACCAAAAUUACACAAAGCAAAGUUCUUCUCAAUAGUCGAUGCAAAGUGUGGCUAUUGGAAUGUGGUACUUGAUGAAGAAUCAAGCUAUUUAGCUACCUUUAACUCCCCAUUUGGCAGGUACCGUUUCAAGCGUAUGCCCUUUGGGCUGAACAUGUCACAAGACAUCUUCCAAGCAAAGAUCGACCAAACAUUCGAAGGAUGUAGAGGCGUUGUGGGUAUCGCAGAUGAUAUUGUUAUCUCUGGCACAACAGAAGAAGAACACGACCAAAAUCUACGAAGCAUGAUGAGCCGGUGCCAACACACAGGUCUGAGACUAAACCCUGACAAAUGCCACAUAAAGCAAGAGAAAAUAAAGUUUUAUGGGCUUAUCUGCGGUCCAGAAGGAAUUCAACCAGACCCUGACAAAGUGUCCGCCCUGAAGCAGAUGGCCCCACCGACCAACAGCAAAGAACUACAGAUAUUCUUGGGUCUGGCCACCUAUAUGGCACCAUUCAUCCCGAAUCUCAGUCACCACACUGCCUCACUGCGACAGCUACUCAAGAAGGAGAGCAAGUUUGCCUGGGACGCAAGCCAACAGGAUGUGUUUGACAGGAUCAAGAAUUUAAUUUCUGAAGAAGUUACACUAACAUACUUCGACCCAGAGAAAGUACUGCAAGUUGACGCAUCAACAAAAGGCCUGGGAGCUACACUCUUGCAAGAAGACAAGCCAGUCGCCUUUGCCAGUAAAGCUUUAACUGACGUAGAAUCACGAUACGCAAACAUCGAAAGAGAACUCUUAGCAGUUGUAUACGGAUGCGAGAAAUUCCACACUUAUCUCUACGGCCGCAGUUUUACAGUCCAAUCUGAUAAUAAACCCCUUGAAUCUAUCCACCUUAAGCACCUUACAUCAGCCCCACCCCGCCUGCAACGGAUGUUGUUGCGCCUACAGCCGUACAGCCUUACAAUCAAGUACCGUCAAGGAGCAGAUAUGGAAAUCGCAGAUGCCCUAUCAAGACUUUCGCCCCAGGAAACAGAGCCCAUCUCUGACAUGGACGUCCAAAUACACGAAAUCUGUCCACAAUUUAGUAGUGGGAUUCUGCAGGAGAUCCACAUGGCAAGUGCAACAGAUACGGAGCUUAAAGAAUUAAAUGAUGUGGUUUACAAUGGAUGGCCAACGAACAUAAAGCAGGUUCCAGAAAUCCUCAAACCCUAUUGGACCUUUCGUGAUGAGAUCACCACCGAAGAUGGUAUAGCAAUGAAAGGCCAACGUAUUAUCAUCCCCCAUAGUAUGCAGAGCAUGAUACUUACGAAGCUUCACGCAGGUCAUCAAGGGUCCGAAAAAACUAAAUUAAGAGCACGAACAUCGGUUUACUGGAGAGGAAUGAACAGUGACAUUGAGAAGUCGUGCAAAUCGUGCAAUACAUGUCAAGAAAUGCAGAACAGUCAACCCAAAGAGCCACUUAUCCAGACAGAGGUACCGCCAGGUCCAUGGCAUACCAUCGGCACGGGCUUAUUCUACCUAGACGGAGCGGAAUACUUAUUGGUCGCUGACUACUACUCAAAAUACCAGUUCGUGCGAGAGGUACCAAAAGGGAAGAGCAGCAGUAGGACAAUCGCGAAUUUAACGAAAGAAAUUUUCAGCGAACAAGGAGUACCCAAAAUCGUAAGAUCCGAUAAUGGGCCCCAUUUUGAAGGACAAGCAUAUAAAGAGUUCGCAAAGCAAUAUAAUUUCCAACAUACCACAAGCUCACCACACUACCCCAGAAGCAAUGGGUUUAUUGAGAGCCAAGUCAAGACUACGAAAAAGACAAUGAAAAAAGCAAGAGCAACCAAUACAGACCCACUCAUGGCUUUGUUAUGCUUACGGGCAACUCCAAUCAACAGCACUCUUCCAUCCCCAGCUGAGCUCUUAUUUGGUAGACCAAUCCAAGACAACCUGCCAAAGAAAAUACCGAAAGGAAAAACAACUGAGGAGGUGACUAGCAGAUUAUUACAGCGGCAAGCUACGCAGAAAUACUACCAUGACAGAAAUACAAAACCGCUCCAACCAUUAAAACCUGGUCAAAGCAUAAACAUCCAAGACCCAAGGACACAAACCUGGAAACCCGCAGAGAUAAAAGAGAAAAUUCAAGAAGUACCCCGAUCUUACAUUAUCACGAAACCAGGAGGAGGAGAAAUCAGACGAAAUCGAACACAGAUACGAGAACGCCCACAAGAUCCAAUGGAACAAGCAUAUCAACAACCCUGUGAGAAAAACACUAGACAACCCCGAAACCCCGUUCCCUAA